AUGGAAGAUCAAGCUUUAGAUGCCGCGGAAUGUAUCCUGGACGAUGAAAUAAGCUUCUUCACGGAUAUAGAUGAACUGCAAGCUCAUGGCAUCAACGCCGCGGAUAUUAAGAAACUAAAAUCUUCGGGAAUUUGUACAGUUAGGGGAAUACAGAUGACCACCCGACGUAGACUUUGUAUGAUCAAGGGAAUCUCCGAGGCAAAAGUAGACAAGAUAAAGGAGGUGGCAGCCAAACUAUGCGGAGGUGAUGGGUUCGUGACAGCGCUGGUCAUGUGCGAGAAGCGAAGGCUGGUGUUCCGAGUGAGCACGGGAUCUGCCGAACUGGAUGCACUGCUCGGCGGCGGGAUCGAGAGCAUGGCCAUAACGGAGGUGUUCGGGGAAUUCCGGACGGGGAAGACGCAAAUCUCCCACACUCUCUGCGUCACGGCACAGAUUCCCAAUGAAGCUGGGACGUACUCCGGAGGGAAGGUCAUCUUCAUCGAUACGGAGAAUACCUUUCGGCCUGACCGACUGCGUCCCAUUGCCGACCGCUACAACCUCGAACAAGACGCAGUGCUCGACAACGUCCUGUACACCAGAGCCUUCACCUCGGAGCACCAGCUAGAGAUCCUGGACCACGUGGCCGCGCAGUUCCACGAAGAGCCUGGCAUUUUCAAGCUGCUCAUUGUCGACUCCGUUAUGGCUCUCUUUCGGGUCGAUUUCAGUGGACGCGGAGAGCUGGCUGACCGACAGCAGAAACUGGCGCAGUAUAUGUCACGACUGCAGAAGAUUAGUGAGGAAUACAACGUGUCUGUCUUCAUCACUAAUCAGAUGACAGCAGAUCCAGGGGCUGCGAUGUCUUUCCAGGCGGACCCAAAGAAACCGAUUGGCGGCCAUAUCCUAGCCCAUGCCUCGACAACAAGGGUAUGUCUGCGCAAGGGGCGCGGCGAAACUCGUAUUGCAAAGAUCUACGACAGCCCCGAAUUGCCUGAGAACGAGUGCACCUUCGCUAUCACGGCAGGAGGCAUUGCCGAUGCCAAGGAGUAACCAUCUUCAUAUGCUGAAGUGUUUAUUUGUUUCAGUUAUUGCUUGUAUACAGGUUUUACAAUUCACUGUAAUAUGAUUCAACUGAAUUGAGAAAAUUAAUUUCAGGUCACUAUGUUUUGCUUGUAUUUUUUGUCACCAGUAAUGUAUGUGUUAAACCAGUUAUUGCUUACAAAUACCCAUAUUUUAGUUUCAAAAGUGGAGUUGUCUAGUUUAGAUAAUGAGAUAUCUUUAUAGUUUUUGUAAUAAGUCACUUGCUUGAUUCAGGUCAUGCAAUCAAUAUUAUGGAUAUCUGUGGUUGUACAUCUUCAUGGUGUAUGAAUAAUCUUAGUAUGCUGCUCAUUGGGGCAUGAUUGCAUACAUCCCCUUACACAUUAUGCUAGCAUUGUAUUAAUUUGAUCACACCACUCUUCUCUGACGUUUCAUAACAUAGUGUAUAUGAUUGUACGUGGA